AACGUAGUACAAACAUAAUGGCAACAUAUCCAGGAAUGAAUCUUUCGGGCGAAAUACGCGAGAGUAUUUCGCUCGAUGACGACGAUCUCAGCGACGUCGAAGAUGAAGUUUUCAUACGUGAUGGGAAAGCGAGAUUUAAAUACUCGGAAGAUAUCGGGUUGAAGAGGCCUUUAAUGGCUCCGCGUAGGAAACUGACGAAACCCGACUUUAAAAGUAGAUUACGAAAUCCCCCUUGCAGGCCUUAUUGCAAACCAUGCUGUUACUUCUGCGGUGGUCUUCUAGUCUUAUUGGGUCUUAGUGUGUUAUUAGUAAUAAUAGUUUCAAUGUUUCCAUUACCGAUUGACAAGAUGAAGAAUUGGAUCGUGACAAAAUCAAAAGAGAACGCGACUGAUGUCCUGUUGCCUUGCAGCGAAUUGAAGGUGACCAAUGUGUGGACAUUAACUUUGCCCAAAUUAACAUCGGAGUCAUCAAUAAGAACAGUCGACAUUAACAAAGACGGCAUCGAUGAUGUGAUAUUUGGUUUUGGGACAGGUGAUAGCUCGUCGUUACCCGACGAAAUCUUUUGUCCGAUGUUUAUGAACGUAGCUAGUCCAUGUGGUGGAGGAGUGAUAGCUUUAAACGGUCUUAACGGGAGCGUAAUUUGGAAGAAACACUUACCCUAUCUUGUGUAUACUGUAUUCUGUUCAAACGAUUUAAAUGGAGAUGAUAUUAAUGAUUGUAUUGUCACUGGAAACAAAGGCAUGUUACUUACAAUUAGUGCAAAGGAUGGUACCACAAUCUGGGAUUGUAACAAUGCCGAUAAAGGUAUUUACGCUGGUAAUUUUAUACCCGAUCAAGAUAAUGACGACAUUGCAGACAUUUUGGUAGCUCAUACUGAUCAAAAAGUUGAUAGUGACUCAGCAGGACAUUUAAUUUUAAUUUCCGGAAAGUCUGGAAUAGAAAUUAAGCGAGUUUCAACACCAAACAAUGUGGAAACAUACUAUAUACCUCAACUCUUGCCUCAGAAAGAUGGACAAUAUUUAGUAUUGCUCGGAACCGGAAGCCCAAGUUCGCGAGGGAAUUUAACAACUAUUUCGUUGGCAAAUUUGUUAAAUGGGACGGCGAUAUUUAAUACAAUAUUUGAACAUAAAGCUAGUGGUGUAAUAUCACCUUCCAUAUUGGUUGAUAUCACCGGCGAUGGCCAACUAGACAUAAUUUCAGCUUUGUUCAAUACUACAAUUGUUGCGAUCAACGGCGCUACGUUCAAACAAAUCUGGAAUGUAACAGUCAACAAUUCAGAAACCUUGAGCAUACCAACACCUGGCUUUUUCAACGACGAUAACGUCACCGAUUUUCUAGUUAAAUAUCAAACUGGUCCUGGUUUUCCAGUCUAUUAUUAUAGCCAGACAUUUGUUAUUAAUGGGGCUAAUGGAGAGAUAAUUAACGCUUCCUACGUGGAGGAUAGCGUUGGUUCUCAAAUGGGAGGACUCACAUUGAGCACCGAAAAGCAUGGACAUGAUUUCUUUCUCUACUGGACCGCUGAUUGUAAGAAUUUUGCGGGCCGAAAAGAUAAAUUUGAAUUUGUGAACGACGCUACAUUGGGACAGUUGAAUUAUGCAGAUUUAUGUCGAUUACGAUUUAACUCAACUAAAGUUACUAAACUUUACGCACUCAAUCAGUAUGAUCAACCGCCUGGAAUGGAGAUUUAUUCUUCGGAUAGAAUGGUAAGCAUUGAAUACAAUAACACAAAAACUCCUCUGGAUGAAGCAAUGGAAUACUUAAAACAACAUCCUGAAGUGCAAGUUCAGAAAGUAGAGGAGUAUGAAGACAAGCAGUCUUUUAGACCGAAUAUGCAGCAAAAUAAGGACAAGCCAUCUUCGUUUAGACAUAAAUCUGAUGAUUUGGGUUUGUUGAAGAGCUAUGCUAAACCACCGAACAGGCAAAAACCGAAUCAGCCAACACCCGAGAAGUAUGAAGAUUAUGACCAAAUUCCAGAGCCCUGGCAAAAGAUGAAUUAUCCUAUGGGCUUGCAACAACCAUCUGUACCUGAUGAUGACGAGACGUAUCCUUAUGAUGAUGAUGUGCCGCGGAUGUACAAUGAUAAUAAGAAUAUGUUUGAUUUAAAUAAUCGUGAUACCAGAGGGGAUUUAACAAGUGCUACAUUAAAAAAAGAUCUUGCUAAAAGUGGUAUUUACGGCCAUAAGAAUAUCCAACAAUCUCGUACCCGAUUGAUGAACGAUUUAAACAGCCUUCCUACAGAAAUCUUAAAGGACACGUAUUUUAAAAACUUAGAGCGGCAGUUAAGAAAAUCUCGCUUUGAACAACGCGACCUCAAAUCUCACCAUGAUAAGAUUAGGGACAACGAAGAAAUCAGGAGGGUGGUUGAGGAAGAAAAGAGACGAGCACUGAACGUAUCUGUAAAUCUUUGGGACUUGGAAACAGAGAAAGAAAUGGAGGAUCGUAAACAUGGAUAUGCACGUGGAAAGCGAGACGAUGGGAGUAAUAUUACUGAGACUGGUGUGCCGCUUAUUAGUUCUAUUGGAACAUUGGUGAAAACUUUGGACAGCACCUUGAAUGCAAUUGAUUUAAUUUUUCUUACGUAUUGGGUUCCGUCAAAAGCAGUUCCAGAAUUGUUAAUCCAGAAAGAUCUUGAUUGCAUUAAUAAUAAAUUGAAAAAUACUAAGAGUUCUAAAGAAGAAAUUGUGAAUGUAGAUCAGGAAGAUUUGAAACUUCAAUACCAAAAAGAGUGUUUGAAUGAACGGGGCGCUUACCAAUCGUUUAUGUCAGAUCAGAAAACGGAGCAGCGUGCAAAGUUUAACAUUCCAUAUAAUAAUGAAAUAUCCAGAGUCAGUUUGGGACAACUAACUGUGUAUCGCAUACGGAUUGAAUGUGUGCGAUGUAAUUUAAAGCAGAAGGGUGAACGCUGUGCCAAAUUUCUCAACCCAGGAAGUACAAAUAACGUCUGGUCCGCAUAUUUAAAUCGACAAGGAGAUGGUGUGUUUAGGACAUUAUAAUUUGUUAUUAAUGUUUACCUUAAUGAGGACAAUCUGUAAGAUACCAUGUACAGCGUGACGUGAAGCUACUGAAUUAUGUAUUAUUGCUACAUAAAAAUUAAAUUCAUUUAAAAUAUAAAAUAUAAA